CAAUUCUAUUUCUGUUGCCCCGAUAUACGAUCAUGAUCGAUUAUAUAAUCGAGACAAGACCUCCUUGAUGAGACCUUCAUGAAUCCAACCGCUCCUCUCCCCCAACUUCAGUCUGCUUCUAGUCGACCACGGUGCCAUGAAAACCUACAACCCAUCUGGCAUCACGCUAGAUUUCGAGCCGUCUCACGUUCAUUUCAUAGAACCCCUAAAAAGCUCAGAGACUUCGGAGAUCUUUCACAUAUCCUACGAUGGGCAGUCUUACUUCUUGAAAGUGUUCCACAUGGACGAUGACCCCGGUUUCUCACCCGAUGGACGAGAUCUGUCCCGCUACCGUUGCGAGUCGCAAGCCUACCUCGCUCUAAGUCGUCACGGCACUUGCGACAUGGGCAUCGUACCUCAAUUCUAUGGCGUGCUUGAGAACCUAGACCCUAGUGUCUUCGAGCCAAACCUGGAAGCUUUCAACGAGGACAAAGUGCACCCGUGCGCCAUUAUUCUAGAAUAUUUACACGACGCGUCGGUCUUCACUUCCGAACCCCGUUCUGUGGAGCUUCGCCAGUAUGCAAAAGAUGCUUUGAAUCAGAUCCAUCAAGCAGGAGUCAUUCAUAAUGACCCUCAUCCCACUAGGAAUCUCGUGGUUGCCUCGGGAGGCCGUGUUGUCUGGGUCGAUUUUGAUACUUCAAUCGUGUUUUCUGGGGCGAGGCGGGGCGAGUUGGAUUUUAAUGAGGAAGCAUGUGAUGAGUUGAAGUACUUUGAGAGUUGUGCUCGUAGAUUUCCUGUCAAGGGUACACCCUUGCAGGGAAACAAGAUGCCCAUGCCCCAAUCGCAUUUAUCAUCCUCGACUGUGGCCUUGAUAGGGGAGUAG